AGUCGCAGCCGUCCGAUUCCCCCGAAGCAGGAUCCAACGGCCGAGAGACAUCAAUCCCCUCCUAUAAAAGAGCCCCACACCCCCCCCUCUCCUCCCUCAUAGUAAUUCGAUUCAUCAUCGUGGUUCGAUCUCAUUUUCAAUUCUCUCUCUUGCUCUCGUCCUCGGUCUCGUUCUCAAUCCAUGGCGGAAUCCAACAUCAACGACAACGAAGUCCCCAUCGAGAGGGAGGAGGAGAGGUUGAGGUACCUGGAGUUCGUGCAGGGCGCGGCGGUGCAGGCGCUGCUGUGCGCAGCGGCGGCGUACGCGUACGCGAAGGAGAGCGCGGGGCCGCUGAGGCCCGGGGUGGAGAGCGUCGAGGGCACCGUGAAGAGCGUCGUCGCCCCCGUCUACGAGCGCUUCCAUGGCGUCCCCUUCCACCUCCUCAAGUUCGUCGAUCGCAAGGUCGGCGAGUCGGUCCAAGAGCUGGAGCGGCACAUGCCGUCGGUCGUGAAGGAGGCCCCAGGGCUGGCCAGGUCUGUGGCGGACGAGGUCCAGCGGUCCGGCCUUGUCGGGACCGCAGCUGGCCUGGCCCGUGCGGCCAUUGCCCGGUGCGAGCCCACCGCAAAGGACCUCUACACCAAGUACGAGCCGGAGGUGGAGCGCCGUGCGGUGUCGGCAUGGCGGUCGCUGAACCGGCUCCCGCUGUUCCCACAGGUGGCGCAUGUGGUGGUCCCCACCGCUGCCCACCUCUCCGAGCGCUACAACCGCACCGUCUCCUACUCUGCCGAGCAGGGCUACACCGUUGCCACCUACCUCCCCCUCGUCCCAACCGAGCGCAUUGCCAGGGUGUUCGGCGAGACGCCCAAUGCGCCGGAGAUGGAGCCCAUCGGCGCGCAGUGAGAGAUAUAAUUGCUGCUGCUACUAUAUGAAGCUCUCAUUUAGGUACUCGAUAAAAUGCGGACGUGUCUGUUUCCUUCUAUCAAUGGUUAUGUAUAUAUAGGCGUUCUACUAUUGUCACUUUCGUUAAAAUUCUGCAGAUUGAGGACACUAUAAUAUGUGCUUGAAAGGUUUCGAGUGCUCUGAAUAUUUUGUGAAUGCAAUUCCUAGCUUGUGUUGUGUUGGUCUAGAAGCUGUGCUGAAGUUCCGGAGAGUUAUACUUUAUUUGAAUCUGUGUGCAGUUGAAAUUGCAGUGCAGUUGUAAUUGUACGCGACCAAACAAAUCCUUGAGUUUUUA